GUAAAGGGACCUUACUCCGUUAACCCGUUUAUCGUAUAACUUCGCGUUGAACCCGUAAAGUGAAAGUUUACAUGAAAAUUCACAUUCAAAAACACUGAAAUUUUUAAUUAAUUGAAGUAAAAUAUGUAGUGUUAUUCAAAUAAUCAGUUUUUUGAAGUAUUUGAAUUAAUUACAAUGGCUGGACCGUAUCUUUCGCCGUUGCCGGGCGAUUUGCUGACGGAGUAUAUGUUUGGUCGUCGUAGACAGCGUCGGAACCGAACGACCUUUACUCCGCAACAACUAAGUGAGUUGGAGUCCCUCUUUCAAAAGACUCACUAUCCCGAUGUGUUCUUGAGAGAGGAAGUGGCACUACGGAUCAGUCUUUCCGAAGCUAGAGUACAAGUAUGGUUUCAAAACCGACGCGCGAAGUGGCGCAAACAGGCGCGCCUGCAACUACUGCAGGACGCUUGGCGGAUGCGCUGCCUCGGUCUCGGCACACCACCAUUGCCUAUGCCAGGACAUGCAAAACCACCAGACUCAUCAUCCGAAGGAGGUGAAUCUCCAAACGACAAAGAUUCACCCGAACCAUCACCUGCUAUGGAUAAUAGAGAACUGAAGUCACCCGAUACUUACCAUCACAACGGCAACUUAGAUUCCAUACCACCGCCGGUUCACGAAAUGCCACCUCCGAUGCAAUACACCAACGAAGACAGUAGAAUGAUGCAACAACCGUUCCCAUUCCCGCCAUUAUUGAUGCCACAACAAAUGGACAAUGAAAUAGUACCGACUGACUUACGAGUCAUGACUUCUAAAACACCUAACUGUCAUUGUGGCCCUACAGUUCAAGAUCUAGAUGAACCGCAAAACUUGGCUUAUAGACCGAGAGAAGAUCUUAAAGAUACAAGUGACAGCGAUAGUGAUACAGAAAUCGAUCUUACAUCUCAUUCAUCUAAAGAUGAUGAUUUGCGUGAAUCAGAACGGCUUGCUAAUAGAAUAGCAACCAGCAUCUUUAGAAGUGACACGGUCUUGCACGAUCUUGUACCAAACGAUCUCAGUCUGGGCGCGGUAAAGAACAUAAAUGAUAGAAAUCUCAACAGGAAUAAUGUUACAAUGUAAAUUUUAUAGCUGCGUCUGUAUUUAGAUCGCAUUGAAUAAAUUCGGUAUUAGGUUAUCUUCAUUA